AAAUAACUCUACUCUCAUCAUAAAAGGCCGAUCCCCCUUCUUAUCACAAAAACAACAAAUCUUCGUCCAUCUACUGUAACCUGGCAACCAUGUGCGAUUUUGACGCAGUCAGCGCGUUUUAUUUCCAUUACCAGGAUGACAACAGGGAAAUACAGGGACUGUCAGCUAAGGCAUCGGCGUUAGCAUCUCAGCUUGCGGUUCUGGAACAAGUUGCGCCCGUUGCAGCGAGCAUCCGGAUCGGGGGUUCAUUAUCAACAAUCCGUAGAUUGCGUGCCAAUAUUGCGAAAUUAUCAAAAAGUGGACAUCGAUGGGCUAGCCUUCAACAGUUAGGUUGCAGAGAAGCACUAUUUUGCAUGAUUUCUAUCUGAGAUUUAACUGAGCUUCCAAAAGCUCAGUUUGAUUGGCUGUUGGCUAAUGUUCAACGAUAUAUGGCUGGUCAAGGCCUUCCCCAGAAUUGGCCGACUUUGAAGCAGAUCAGUGAAGCGAUAGGACGCAUGCCUUGGCAACCUCAAUACAGCUCAUUCCUUCAAAAAUCAAUGCAGUAGUGAAACACAAUCUACAGAAGAUUUUCCAGUGAACAACAAGAGAGAAAUAUCGGGUACGAUGGGUUACGAUCCUGAUCAAGAUAUCAACAACGCCGAACCGCUUAACAUCACAAGCAAUUUACCGUCUAACAGAAAGAGAGUAAAGUUUAUGUUUUCGAAUGCUCCAUUUGAAAUUGUUGAUACUUUGCCGGAUAAGUUGAAAGAGGCAGUUCAAGCCAGCUCUUUAUGGAGGGAGGAGAGAAACCAGAGGCGAAGCACCACAGGAUGUCUGGCGAGUCUGUUCCCACGGGAUGCAGAACAGGAUGUCUCGUUCACCAUCUGGUGUGGCCAUGAUCAGGGUUACGAUUUGAACAAUUUCUUCCAGCUGAAGCGAACAAGUGACCCUUAG